AUGGAUAUUCUUCAACUUUUGGAAAAUGCAAUUUUGAGUCCUGAUCCUACUCAAAGGACUCAAGCAGAAAUUGAAUUAAAUGAAGCAGCAAAUAAUCAUUUUCCUGAAUAUAUAUCUUUAUUAAUUGAAGCUCUUAAUAAUAAUGAUGCUAAAACUGAAGUUAGAAUGUUAGCAGGUAUUGGAUUAAAAAAUCAAUUAAUAUCAAAAGAUCAAAGAACAAAAUUAGCUCAACAAGAUCGUUGGCUUAAAUUAAAUACUGAAUUGAAAAAAAAAAUAAAAGAUCAAGCAAUCUUGGGAUUAAGUACAUUAAAUCAAAAAGUUGCAAGUACUGCUGCUCAAUUAGUUGCUGCUAUAGCAGAUAUUGAAUUACCAAGAGGUGAAUGGCCCGAAUUGAUUCCUAUUAUUAUACAAAAUACAAAACUGGAAAAUCCUGAAAAUGUUAAAAGAUCUUCUCAAUUAGCUAUUGGAUAUAUAUGUGAAACUGCUGAUCAUACAAAUCCAAAUAUCUUAUCACAAGCUUCUGGAAUUUUAAUUGCUAUAAUUCAAGGUGUACAAAGUAAUGAACCUUCAAAUGCUGUAAGAGUUACUGCAUUAAAUGCAUUAGUAAAUUCAUUAGAAUUUAUAAAAUAUAAUUUUGAAAAUGAAGGUGAAAGAAAUUAUAUAAUGCAAGUUGUAUGUGAAGCAACACAAGCAGAUGAUUCUGAAUUACAAGCAAGUGCAUUUGGAUGUUUAGCUAGAAUAAUGUCAUUAUAUUAUAGAUUCAUGUCACUUUAUAUGGAAAAAGCAUUAUAUGGAUUAACAGUUUCUGGAAUGCAAAGUUCAGAUGAAAAAGUUGCAUGUAUGGCAGUUGAAUUUUGGUCAACUGUAUGUGAAGAAGAAUUAGAAAUUGCUUUACAAAGAUCAGAAUUAGGUUUAGAUCCUUUACAAAAUGCUACUUCUCCAGAAUUAAUUACUUAUAAUUUUGCUUUAAUUGCUUCAACUGAAGUUUUACCUACUUUAUUGACUUUAUUAACAAGACAAAAUGAAGAUCCAGAAGAUGAUGAUUGGUCAGUUGCUAUGGCUGCUGGUGCAUGUUUACAAUUAUAUGCUCAAAAUAUUGGAAAUUAUGUUGUUGAUCCAACUAUAAAUUUUGUAAGUAACAAUAUAAAUAAAGAAGAUUGGAGAUCAAGAGAAGCUUCAGUUAUGGCAUUUGGAUCGAUAUUGGAUGGUCCAGAUCAUGAUCAAUUAAAAUCAACUAUAAAAGAUGCUUUAACACCGAUUUUAGCAUUAAUUAAAGAUCAAAAUUUACAAGUUAAAGAAACAGUUGCUUGGUGUCUUGGUAGAAUUGCAGAUAUGGUAGUUGAUGCAAUAGAUGUUGAAAAACAAUUACCUCAAUUAUUAGAAGCUUUACUUAAUGGAUUACAAGAUCAUCCAAAAGUUUCAACAAAUUGUUGUUGGACUUUAAUGAAUUUAGUUGAACAAUUAUGUUCAGAUACUGAUCAAGAAACUAAUAUAAUGUCACCUUAUUAUCCAACAAUUAUACCUGUAUUAAUGCAAGUUUCAGGUAGAGCAGAUAAUGAAAAUAGUUCAAGAGCUUCUGCGUAUGAAGCAUUAUCAACAUUUGUAACAUAUAGUGCAUUGGAUACAAUGGGGAUAGUACAAAAUAUAGCAUCUGAAAUCUUAUCUAGAUUAGAAUCAACAAUUGAAUUACAAUCACAAGUUUCCACAACUGAAGAUAAGGGGAAUUUAGAAGAAUUACAAACAAAUAUAUUAUCAUUAUUAACUAAUGUAAUAAGAAAAUUAGGUCCAGAUGUAAUAAACGCAGCUGAUAAUUUAAUGGAUAGAUUUUUAAAAUUAUUAAAUGCUCAAGAACCUAAUAGUGUAAUAGAAGAAGAUAUUUUCAUAGCCAUUAGUGCAUUAGCAAGUACUAUAGGUGAUGGAUUUAUGAAUUAUUUACAAGCAUUUUUACCAUAUUUAACAAGAGCUUUGGAGAAUGUUGAUUCACCUACUUGUUUUACAGCUAUUGGAUUAGUUGGAGAUUUAUCACAAAGUUUAGGAUUACAAAUUACUGAAUAUCUUAAUGGAUUAAUGACAAUAUUGGGAAAAAAUUUAAGUAAUCCAGAUAUAAAAAGAGAAUUACGACCAGCCAUAGUUUCAGCUUUUGGAGAUGUUGCAGCUGCUAUUGGUCCCAAAUUUGCACCAUAUCUUGAAUAUGUUAUGAAUAUAUGUACAGAAGCAGCAAAUAUAGAGCCUCAAGAUAAUUCAUUAGAAACAAUUGAUUAUGUAUUUAACGUUAAAGAAUCAGUAUUAGAUUGUUUUGUUGGUAUAACAGCUGGGUUUUCAGAUCAAUCACAAACAUUAUAUCCAGUUGUAGGAACUAUUUUACAAUAUUUACAAAAAAUUUCUUUAGAUCCAAAUAUGUCAUCAACAGAAUCAAUAGCAAGAUCAGCUACUGGACUUUUAGGAGAUAUAGCAGCAAUGUAUCCACAAGGUCAAUUUAAACAAUAUUUUGAUUCUGAUUGGGUUACUGAAUUUAUUAAAAAAACAAGAUCAAAUCCAUUAUUUGAUGAAAAAACAAAAGAUGCUGCAAGAUGGGCAAGAGAUCAACAAAAGAGACAACAACAAAUACCGGCUCCAAUGGGUUGA